UUUCAUUUCUAGGGUUGUUAUGGCGGAUUUUGAUCAAGAGCUCUCGGAGCGGCUUAAUAAAGUUGCCCUUUCUGUCAAUGAAGAAAAAAUCUUUGAUAUAGCUCAGAACGACAUUAAGCUCAGUGAUGACGAGUGCAAUCGAAGCCUUUUCGGCAAAAUAGUUGGAGAUAGGCCAGCAAGCUGGAUUGGUAUAAAGCGAGCAAUGUCCCAAAUCUGGAAGCUUAAUCAAGCUAUGGAAGUGAAAGAACUCUGCCCAAAUUAUUUUCAAUUUAUUUUUCAAAACCGGGAUGAUAUGAAGAAGGUGGCUAGUGGUACCAAUUGGAGUUUCGAGAACCAGUACCUCGUCUUGAGAGAAUGGGAUAUGAAUAUCAACAGCAAACACCCUAGUUUCCGGGAGCUGAAUAUUUGGGUCCAGGUUCAAAACAUUCCUCUUAAUUGGAUCAGUACGGAAGUGGGGCUCAAGAUAGGCCAGGCCUUCCACAAGGUCAAGAAUGUGGUUAUUGCGACUACAGGGAAUCAUGGAGGUAAGAUUCUAAAACUCUUAGUCACUCUCAAUGUGGAAGAAUCUAUUCCUCGUAUGGCUAAGGUGAGGCUGGGAAAUCAGUUAGUGACAGUCGGCUUCAAGUACGAGAAACUUAUCAACCUCUGUCACUAUUGCAGAAAAAUUGGUCACUUAGAUAGAGCAUGCCAAUUAAAAAUGGAUGAUAUUCGAAAUAAUUCUCUCAGAGAAGAACAGUAUGGUGAUUGGUUAAGAGCUCCUGAUGGUGUUAAAGGAAAUCCUUCCAGUUUUUCAGGCUCUAGAUCAACCCCACCUCCAGAAUCUCCAUCACCCUCAGAUAACAAUAUAUCCCAAAAAGCUUCUUCCAGUCAAGGGCAAGCCAAUAAUCAAAUAAUCCCCAGCACUGGAAUAAUUGAGUCACCAGCUCAGUCAAUGGGUGCACCUUCUGUAGUCUCAACUACUGGUAAUGCUGCAGAGAUGGGGAACCUAGAAGAAGCUAAUCUGCAAAUUGUGGAUGCUAACCCCAUGGAUCUUGAAAAAGGAGAGUUAUCCCCAAUCUCAGAGUUCACAUUUCAUCAUGAGUCUCUCCCAGCAUCUCAACAUCAUCCUCUGAAAUCAUGGAAAAGAACAGGUACAAGAUUGAACAGACUUCUCAGUAACAAUGAUUCUCCUAUUAUUAUUAACCAGCAGUCCAAGGGCAAAAGAAUCAGGCAAGUUGUGGACUCAUCUACACUUCCUGAGGAUCAUGAUUCUGUAUGUAAUAAGUUAGGUUUUGUUAAUAGAAUGGCUAUUGUAGACCCCUUUGGUCUUAGUGGGGGUCUUGUUUUGUUGUGGGAUUCCCAAGUUGUUGUUAAUCAAAUUAUCUGUAAAAACUUUUUUAUUGCUGUUGAGUUCCAGUUGCAGUCCCAACCCCUUCAAUGGGGUGUUUUUGUCUAUAUUAGUCCUCUCAGACUGACUAGAGAAUCCCAAUGGGAGGAAUUAAUUACUGCCAAAGCUCAAUGGGGAUCUUAUUGGUUUUCAAUUGGGGACUGGAAUGACAUCCUCUCUAAUUCUGAAAAAGCUGGAGGAUCCAACAGACCUGCUCACAGCCUCAUGGGGUUCAACUCCUUUGUAUCUGAUAUGAACAUGAUGGAAGUCAAUUCUACUGGUUAUGCUUUCACUUGGAGCAACAACAGAGCAAUGCCUGGCCUUAUUGAGGAAAAGUUGGAUAGAGCUUUCUGCUCUCUUGAUUGGUCUCACUCAUAUCCCAAUGCUUCAGUUACCAAUAUUCUCAGAAGCUCAUCAGACCAUGCUGCUCUCCUCUUAAGCAUUGGUCCUCCUACCUUGAAAAGAAAAGCUCCCUUCCAAUUUGACAAGAGAUGGUUGUGUAUGGAGGGUUUUAAUGAUGUAGUGACUUCUGCUUGGAAUACCCACGUGUCAGGUACUCCUCUAUUCCAACUCAAAGAAAAGGUCAAGCAUACCAGGAUUGCUAUUCUUAUAUGGAGCUCAUCCAAUCUAUCCUCAAGGCAACAAGAAAUCUCUGACCUUACUCACCAAAUGGAGGAUCUCAAUUCUCAUGGGAAGGUUGAGAACUGGGAACUAUGGGAAGAAACUAAGAGGAAACUGAACAAGGCACAUAUGUUGGAGGAGCUUCAUUGGCAGCAGAAGGCAAAGUACAGAUGGUUAAAAGAAGGGGAUGCCAAUACCAGGUUCUUUCAUGCCUUCACUCUCCAGAGAAGGAAACUUAAUGCUAUAACCCGGUUGACUUCCCACAAUGGCAGAGUCUUAUCUUCUCAAUCUGAGCUGGAAUCACAUAUCUCUGAGUUCUAUACUUCUCUAUUCUCCUCAGAGGGCAGUUUUCUGAUGAGCAUUCUUGAGAAAUACAAAUUAUUCACUGGACAGACGGUUAACCUUCAGAAAUCUGCUGUCUUCUUCAGCAGAAACACAUCUGACCACCUGAAGAGAUCAAUCUGCAAUGCUCUGAACAACAUUGUCUCUCACAGAUCAACCAAAUACUUUGGCUUGCCUUUGGGAAUUGGUAGAUCUAAAAAACAAGUUUUUGAUUAUGU